AUGAACUUCGUCACUGUGAUAGAUGUGCAGCAAUUGUUUCCCGAUGUGGCCGAAGUGUUGGCCGUUUACCGUAUACUUACCACGCGCGCUCCUUCAUUCUCACACGCUGAGAAAAUGAAGCGGCCGCAUUUUCGCUUGGUCUGUACAACUUUGUAUCGGUCGCCAUACUACAAGAAGAUCUCGCUAACCUCCAAGACAAGUCCGGUACCAAUUUAUCGGUCCCGGAGGGAUAAAAGACUUGGUGAGCACUGGCGCAGAUACGAACCUCCGAUCGAUCGUGCAAGAAACGGAGCCUCUAACCACUACACUACUCCGGCCUCCUUACGGGCAGUGCUGAAUUGGUCUGCAAAACUAUCGGUGGCGUAA